AUGCUGCCCAGGUGUGGUUAUGUUUGUCUUCGGGAGGUUUAUAUUGCUGAGUUUUCGAAGUUGCUUGAUGAUAUCGUUAUUUCUAGUUGGGAAUUGAAUGAAGAAACUGGAAUUAAGAUUCAACGAGAGCUUUACUGGGGUUAUUUCUGUGAGGUUUUUGUGUUACGAGGAGGUUUUAGCUCUCUUAAGUUUCUCUCUCUAGAAGACGUUUGGAUCAAAGAAAAAUCUCUUGAGUUAUUGGUUUCCAGAAGUGAGAGUUUGGAGUCUCUGAAGGUAGUGCAUUGCACUCGACUCGAUGUUAUUAGGGUUCAUGCCCCAAACCUCCUAUCUUUCCAUCUCCAAAGUGAGUUCAGUGAGAUUGAUUUGCAAGGUAGCACCAACAUAAUCAAAAUCACCAUUGAUUGGCAUUACACUCAAGCUCCAAAUAGCGAUUUGAGUUGGAUUAUUAAGGGCAUAUGCGGAUUGAAAUCUCUGUGCUUGUAUGGUUGGAGUGCAGAUGAAAUUUAUGAAGAUAUUCCAGAUUUUGAGUUUGAGACACUUUCUAGGAUGUACUUUCAUCUAAAGGAGUUUGACAUAUUUCUUGAUACACUAUCCACCUCUGAAGCAUUGGAACUUGUCAGCUUCCUAAAGAAUUUCCCUUACUUAGAGGUUCUUCGUAUCAAGGUUGCUAAUCCAUCAGAACUAAUACUAGAAAUUUAUAGCAUGUUGAAACCUGUUGAAGGCACAGACGAAGAAGAAGGAGAUAGAUGUAUUGAAGAGUACUGGAGUAAAUCAAGAGCAUGGUUGGUCUGCCUUAAAACAGUGGAGAUAGAGUCACCCUUUGUGGAUUUUGCCAAGGAUAUCGCAAUGGUGAAGCUCUUGCUGUUAAAUGCCUCGGCAUUGGAAGUCUUGAAUAUAAAGAUUAGCCCAGAGAAAGAAGAAAUGGCUGAAUGUAAUCUGAUGGAGCGGUUGGCUUCCUUUCCUAAAGCUUCUUCUCAUGCCAAGAUUGUGUUCACCUGA